AUUAUACUCAAGCUUGUCCUCGAGGUUAGCAUUUAUCACAUGUAGUAACACAUACGGUGUCGCCAUUCACGCACUUUAUUUCGGAGACUUAGCGGCAAAAACAUUUGCUCAAACACUUUUUUUUUUUUUUUUUUUUUUGGCGGGUAUAUUGUAACUUAUUUUACCUGGCUUCUACCCGAAUUCGCGCCAUCAUUCACAUUUCAGUGCUCCGCCACUCCGCACGUGAAAAAUUACGCCGCGAAUAAACGAAAUAAUCAUGGGCAAACGUACACGUACGGAUUCAAAUGAUUAUGAGUGCAUUGCGAGAAAAGUUAAAAAACUCGAACGCAUGUUAAUUCGUGCACGGCGUAAACGUAGUGAUCGACAAGGAUCUGCCGCAUCGCCGUCGCCGUCUUCCGGUUCACAAUCGUCGUCGUCCAGUUCAUCUUCGUCGCGGUCCAGGUCAGCUUCACCACGCCCGCGGCACCGCGCACCCUCAAGACCUCGUUCGUCGCAGGAGCCGAUAAUCAUUGAAGACGUGCCCGACAACGAACAGGAAUCCAGUGUAAGGGUCACCCACCCCGCGCCCGUCCGGCCAACGGAAAGAUUGGCCACACCUCUUCAGAUGCGCGCAGCAGAGAGCCCAGGCGCGCCUGCUCCACCGCUGACGAGAACGUCUGCGCCUGUUUUACUUUCGACAAGCGCCGAGCCAGCCCCGACCCCACAACCAUGCGUCGCUCAGGAGGUAAACAACUCUCCAACAUCGUUGCCGCUAGGCGAGCCAGCUAUGGACGCCUCUGCUGACGCAAUGGAUCUCGACGAAGAUCUCCUUAAAAUAUUAGGGGACGACCCCUCUCAAGUCAGAGUCUACGGCAAGGAGAUCAGACCUGAUCUUGCAGUACGCUUGCAACAUAUAGCUACUAAUGGGCUAGGUAAAGAUACAUGUAAGGAACUUUUAGACAGGUACUUACCUCCUGCUAAUAGCGCCUUGAUUGAUGCACCUACCCUCAAUCCUGAGGUAAAAGCCGCCGUCCAUGAACAUGUCUUUAAGAGGGACAAAAGCAUAGAAAUACGACAGAAACAGAUUUCAUCUGCAAUUUCCGCCUUAUCAGAGAGCCUUACCUUGCUCUUGACUGAACAACCAAAGAACACAAAGCUGAUACAGCUAUUAAUGGACUCUUGUAAGAUUCUAUGUGACAGUCAGCACGCAGAAUCGUUAGUUAGGAGGAAUUUUAUUCUUCAUAACUUAAAAAAGGAGCUUAAAGACGAAUUACAAACAACCAAAAUUGACAAGUUACUCUUCAGUCAGGAACUUGCUGAAAAAAUAAAAGCCGCUAAGGCCAUAAAUAAAUCUGGAGAUGAUUUGAAAGCCACACCAUCGACCUCAGGUCUGCAGGCUAAGAAGAAUAAUAAUAAUAAAGUACCCCCCAAGAAUUUAAACUGGCGAGGUCCUCCCCAGAAUUAUUACAGGCCGAAGGGUACUCAGAGGACGAAGGAGCCUGCACUGAAGAGCCGUCGCGACAACUCCUCGAGAAAAUCAUCGCAUCCGCAUCACAGGCGCAGCACCCGCCGCUAG